ACCUUGCGUAUCCGUCACAAGCACAGCACUGAGGUUGAUCUAGACCCUCUGCUACAAGCAACUAGGUGAGGAGGACUUCAGGGCAAGGUUGGAGACUCUCUGCAUUUGUCUCGAGUAACAGGACCUUCUUGGGACCUCCAGGAUUACAGAGAAGCAUACAGGCAGAGCUAGCUGUGCCUUUUGGUCUUUGAGGUUUGAGGCCCAGAAGUCUCCCAUGCCUCCUUAUCAUAUCCGCAAAUACCAGGAUAGUGACCACAAGAGCGUGGUGGAUUUGUUCUCCAGAGGCAUGAAGGAGCACAUCCCCACCACCUUCCGCUACAUGCUGAUGCUGCCCCGAAUUCUCCUGCUCUUACUUGGGGUCCCUCUUACCCUACUGUUGGUCUCAGGCUCCUGGAUUGUGGUUCUUCUCUCCAGCCUUAUUCUCUUUACUUCCCUGUGGCUCCUUGCCAAAAAUACUUGGGACAAGUAUUUAGUAGCGUGUUUGCACACAGACAUGGCUGACAUCACCACAACCUACUUGAGUUCUCAUAGCUCCUGCUUCUGGGUGGCUGAGUCUAGGUGUCAGAUAGUGGGCAUGGUGGCUGCCCUGCCGGCUGUGGAUCCCUUCCUGCAGAAGAAGCAACUACGGUUACGUCACCUCUCUGUGUCAUUGGAGCACCGAAGACAGGGGAUAGGGAAAGCUAUGGUCAGGAGGGUCCUCCAGUUUGCACAGGCCCGGGGCUUCACUGAAGUUGUUCUUUCCGCCAGUAUGUUCCAGUAUGCAGCCCUGGCUCUCUACCAGGAUAUGGGCUUCCAGAAGACUGGUGAGUUAUACCUCACCAUUAUCUCCAGACUAAGGAAAUCUCCCAUAAUACAAUUAAAGUAUUGUCUCACUUCUGCUCAGGAAGGGGGCCUGUGAUCUAUUUCCUGUGUGUGCAUCAGUCGGGAUCUGGUUGCUUCUGUAGUAGUAACAAACCCAGUUACUUCAGGAGUAAACCACUAACCCUCACAUUUAAGCACAGCUGAGUCAUGUGUUUGGGGGGAGGUUGGGGCAAUGGCCACUCUUUCCCAUACACGCUUUCCAAGGCGUCUUUUAUCUGACACUAUAGAAAUGUAUAAAAUGAAACACUAAAUAAUAAAAUUUUACUCAGCUUCUGAAUCUUUGGAUCAUCUACUGGACUUGGCAGGACAGCUCUCGGGGUCUCCUGUUCCUUGCACUGUUGGGAAGAUGUUGCCUUUAACCUUCCCGGGUGGGCAGUGGAGUAUGUGAGACCAAAAUGAGCCAUCUUAGAAAUAAGACCAAAAUGCUUUCACCCAAAAACUAAGGCCUAAGAUUUCUCCUUCUAGGAAUAGACCAAUAGUUACUGAAACAAGUCAGUCCAGAUUCCAGAAACCAGGAAGUGUAAAAGUACAGAGUCACAAGGUAGUCACGAGGUAAUGCCUGCCAGACUAUAGAAUGUUCCAACCCUGGUUUCCAGGGUGACUGACCAUAAAAGUGUCCCCACCUGAGGGCAGCCAAUGAGAAAUGGUGGCGGGCAACCACCCCCUUAGAAGUAAGAUUAGGCCAUGAUUUCUAGAAAGCCCCUAGAAGCGAGCCAAUCAGAAUUGUACCCGUACCAGCACCCCUAAAUGAUGUAACCUUGUGAUUUUUCCCUUUAAAAACUGAGCUUGUAGACAGGUGGGCACUUCCUCCAGCCUCCACUGUGUUGGAUGUAUUGGACGAAAUCCCUGCCUAGGAUCGUAUUGCUUUUGGAUAUCCAGAAUUAAACCUUGCUUUUGCAUUCCGGCAUGCUCGUCUUUGGUGGUCUCUCUGGGGGUCACAAUCAGGGCACAAGAGGGUGCACUGUCCCAGAGUGCAUCCUUAGGACUCAAUUGUUCAGUGAAUGCAAUCCUGUUCAAGCUGCUCUUGAAUUCCACUUCCUGGUCAGACUUAAAUAUCUUGGCCAAUCCACUGAGCAAAAAAGGUCCUUUUAUUCUGCUUAUAGUAAGCAUUUGCCCAAAGCAGGGCAAUUUCCAUA